UAUUUAUUCUGAAGCCAACUGCUCGAAGAUGAACACUUUUCAUACGUACAGCAACCACUGUGCCUAUAAAUGCUGACUGCCCACUUUCGAACUACGCCCCGGCUUAGCAGCAGAGUUCUCUCAGCCAGCAGCUAGUUGGGCACUAAAACCACAAACGCUUUAAUGAUGCUGUUUUGUUUAGCGCAAAUUGUUUGUUUCGCUGUCAUAAACUGGUGCGAAAAAUGGCCAAGCGCUGCCCCGCGGUGAGAGCCAAGCCCAGAGCGAGAGCAAGAGCGCGAGCGAGAGCGAGAGAGCGCCAAAUGUGGACCAGACUGACGAGUGGUCACAACACAUCGAGCGACGCACACACACAGACACACUCACACAUAGUGCUGGGAGCUGGUUUGAACACUUCAUUUAUCUGCGCUGCUUUGGCGCAUGCGCCACGCGCAUUGGGGGCGAGCGAGACGACAACAGGCCGCAGCAAAUCCGCAGCUCCGUUGGAAUGCCAGGCCGGAAAAAAAUGAAGCGACAGCCAGUUUGAUUUCGUGAUUUUGUGGCAGACAUUCGCGCGCGCGUUUUCGGCAACCGCCACGCGACGUAACGCAAAGACAAGCGAUUUUGCCGUGAAUUCAAGUUGCCGACGCCCCCGCAGCAAAGCCCCUUAACCCCCACGCCAAGCAAACGUUCGAGAGCGGGCAGCGGCGCAUAUAGCUCGCUCUGCCGGCAAUUAGACGCCUUUAGCUGCUCUCGCAUAAUGCUAAUGGCGUUGACAGUGCUCAUCAACGCGACGACCGCAAUCAAUGGACGUUGUCAACGAAGCUGCCGUAGCCACCGUUGUCAAUUCUCCAGUGAAGUGCGACGGCCACGCUUCACCAGCACCAGCACCAGCACCAGCGGCAGCAACAGCGAUAGUGCCAGCGCGCUCCAGUAUAUCAAUGUCAACGACGGAUGCCAAUCGCUGAUGCAUUAAACCGAACUCUUGAUCUAUUUAUGUGCUUACGUGUCUACUAGUGUUCGCAUGUGUGUGUGUGAGAGUGUGUGAGUGUGCCAUACUCAACCACUGACCAUUGACCGCUGACCCAUCUGUUGUGGGCACUGUUUGACCCUUGUGCGGUGUUUUCCAUUAUCCAACUAUCGAAACUCUGGACAUCGUCGCGCCAAAUGGUCACGUGCGGUCGUCAAACGUUCAACAUGCUGCCAAUGGCGCCGACGAAUCCCUUUGUGGUGUCCGUCAGCUCCACAACUGCUCCGUCCGCCUCAGCAUCGUCCUCAGCUGCAGGUGUCAGUUGCUCUUCCAGCACCAACAACAACAACAGCAACAGCAGCAGCAGCAGCAGCAAGCCAAAGCUGGCCUUCAGCAUUGAUUCCAUAGUCGGCGCUGAGCCGUCUACAACAUCGAAGACGGCUACUCAUCCGCAGCGUAUGACCGUUAUUGCCUCGCCACGAGGCGACAGCCCAGUGGUCACGCCCAUUUCACCCUGUGUUGAAAGGCGUACGCCGCGCGGCUUCAUUUAUUGCCGGCGACGCGCAUCCUUGGAUGAACGUUCACGAAGUCCACCUGCGCCGGCUAGCCGUUCCCCAUCUCCACCGGGUGCUGCGCCUGUUGUUCCACCCACUGCUCCCAUUACGCUGCCCGGACUAAUUCGCCCGCUUCCGCUGCCGGCUCCAGCAAAUCUAACUUUACUUGGUGCCCCACGAUCCACGGAUAGCGCUUCACCCACGGGCACGGGGCCCGGAAUCCCAUCGCCAAUUCGGCCCACAGCCGCUGCGCCUCCACCUUUUCUCGCCGCCCAGUUUCAAAUGGCCGCCGCCUUGGCGCACCAUCAUCAUCAGCAACAGCAACAGCAACAGCAGCAGCAGCAGCAGCAACAUCCUCAGCAUCCGUCUGUGCCAACGGGGCCGCAUCAUGGCCCACCACCACCGCCGCAUCUAAUGCCUGGUCAUCCGCUGGGCAUCUUUCCAGGUGGCCCCCAUCCAGGCCAUCCACCACCUCACGGUCAUCAUCCAUUUGUGGCCGCUCCUCAUCUAAUACGUGACAGCUAUCCGCUCUAUCCUUGGCUGCUCAGCCGACAUGGGCGCAUUUUUCCACGUUUUCCAGGCAACUUCCUUCUGCAACCAUUUCGCAAGCCAAAGCGGGUGCGCACCGCCUUCUCGCCAACGCAAUUGCUCAAGCUGGAGCACGCCUUUGAGGGCAAUCAUUAUGUGGUGGGCGCGGAACGCAAGCAGCUGGCCCAGGGACUUAGCCUAACGGAGACGCAGGUCAAAGUCUGGUUCCAGAACCGCCGCACGAAGCACAAGCGUAUGCAACAAGAGGGCGGCGACAGCAGCGAUGCAAAGAGCAACAAGGGCGGCUCCUCGGGCGGCGGCGGUGGCGCCGGCGGCGAUGGCGAUGAGGAUGCCAAGCACGACGGCUCCCAGCAUAGCUCCACAGAUGUGGAGGACGACGAGGACAUUGAAGAGGAUGACGAGGAUGAGGUGAUUGACAUGGACGACUAUGGCAGCGAGCUGGAUGCUGAGGAGCAUCAGCGCCUGCGCGAACAGUUCCAGCAGCAGCUUGCUCAGCACCAGCAACAGUUGCUGCAGCAGCAGAACGAGGCAGGCGCCUUAACGCCCCAGCAGCAGCAGCAACUGCUGCACCAUCAUCAGCAACACCUACAGCAACAGCAGCAGCAGCAGCACCAGCAGCAACAGCAGCAACACUUCAUGCAGCAGCAACAAAUGUAUUUGCUGGAAAAGGAGCGGGAGCGGCAAAGGGAUCGAGAACGAGAGCGAUCUCGGGAGCGAGAGCAUGAAAAGCAGUAA